AUGUGCGCUGAUAGACAAAACGAUGAUUAUGUUCGAAUUGAUGUUUCUCCCGACGAAGUUGCUCUGUCCAGUUCUGGCCCUUAUAUAGCACCCCAACUUGGAGGAGAUGAAUCAUCGGACACUCAGAUUCAAAGUCGUCCCACAAUUGACGAGGUGACAAAUAACACAGAGGAAGAUGACGAUGAUGAGAAUGAUCCCGAUUUUGCAGACGAGACCAUCGUUGAGAGGCUUAUUGGUCUUACUGAAAUGUUUCCGGAUUGGUUCAGAGGUGGUGUCUCCAAGACGUUUACCAAAUCUGUUAAUGCUGUCAAAAAAACCUACUUAUUUUCCCGGUGUGCAGCCUGGUUCCUCGCUUCAACGGCAACUAUCUGCCUCCUUCCCGUCAUGUUGGAAUAUGAGAGAGCCCAGAUGGAGGAACAGGAGGCUACUGAACAUCGAUCGAUGAUGCUGGGUCCCGGUGGCGUCGGUGGCACUGCUGGUGUUGCCGGAUUCCAAGCCAAUUUGCCCAUCUUAAGUCCUGUUUCAGGCAACUAA